AUGGGUGCCUUGAGGACAUUAUUGAUCGCCAACCGUGGUGAAAUCGCGGUGAGAAUCUUGAAAACAGCCAAGAAGUUGGAUAUUCGGACCAUUGCUGUCUAUACCGAGCCAGACGCAGCUUCUACUCAUGUUCACCUGGCCGACGAGGCAUUUCUCCUCUCCGGGUCACCCUCAAAGGCGUACAUUGACGGUGACCAAAUCAUUGAGAUCGCCAAGCAAAACCAUGUAGACGCGAUUAUUCCAGGCUACGGAUUCCUGUCGGAAAAUGCAGACUUUGCUAGAGCUGUGGAUGCCGCUGGCAUGGUUUUCGCUGGCCCUUCGCCGGAGAGCAUCGAGGCUUUCGGUCUGAAGCACACUGCACGAGAUCUUGCCACAAAAGCCGGCGUCCCCAUUGUACCCGGCUCACAGGGUCUGGUGACGAGUGAGGAUGAAGCGGUAGCGAUUUCGAAGAAUCUGGGAUUUCCGGUCAUGCUGAAGGCUACGGCUGGCGGAGGUGGAAUGGGUUUGCUGACGUGUAACACCGAGAAAGAAGUUCGCGAAUCCUUUGCUACCGUCAGGUCUCGAGGGGAGGCCCUAUUCAAGAAUGCCGGGAUGUUCAUUGAGCGUUAUUACCCCUCGAGCCAUCACAUCGAAGUCCAGGUCUUCGGUAACGGCAACGGCAAGGCCAUUGCCAUUGGUGAGCGCGAAUGUUCAAUUCAGAGACGUCACCAGAAAGUCAUUGAAGAAUGUCCGAGUCCCUUCGUGACGAGAAACCCGGGCCUUAGGCAAAAGCUGUGUGAUGCUGCGGUCAGCCUAGCGGAGUCAAUCAAAUAUGGCUCGGCCGGUACUGUGGAGUAUCUCGUGGAUGACGAAACAGGCUCGUUCUUCUUUCUCGAAAUGAACACUCGUCUGCAGGUCGAGCAUGGAAUUACAGAACUUUGCUAUGGAGUUGACCUCGUGGAGCUCAUGUUGAAACAGGCAGAUGCUCAGCUUUCGGGCAACAGAGGCGUAGAGGCAACCUUCCUUGCCGGAAUUCCCGUUGAUACCCCGUCAGGCGCAGCCAUCGAAGCCAGAGUCUAUGCCGAGAACCCAGUCAGAGAUUUUGUCCCGUGCCCUGGAACCUUGCAGAGCGUUGAAUGGAAAGAGCUUCCCGGUUCUAGAAUAGAUACGUGGGUCUACAGAGGGGUGAAGAUAUCGGCCAACUAUGAUCCACUGCUUGCAAAAGUCAUGUUCCAUGCACCCGACCGGCAACAGGCCAUCGAGGGCAUGAGGCAAAUACUACUUGAAUCACGCAUCUGCGGCCCUCCCACAAACCUAGAGUUUCUGGCCGAGAUACUUGCUGCCGAGAAAUUCGUUGCUGGAAACACGCUGACCAAGUUCUUGGAAUCGUUCGAGUAUAAUCUGUCAGCUAUCGAUGUUAUCUCCGGCGGUGCCUACACUCUGAUCGAAGAUUGGCCUGGUCGUCCGACCUUAGGACGAGGCUUCUGCCAUUCCGGGCCAAUGGACCCUUUCGCAUUCCGCAUUGCAAACGCCCUUGUAGGCAACUCGGCCGGCGUCGAGGCGCUGGAAAUCACACUGAGUGGACCGGAGUUGCGGUUCCUAGGGCCAUCGAUAGUUUCUAUCUGCGGUGCGUCAGUUGAAGCCAAACUCGACGACAAGCCUAUCCGCAUGUGGUCAAGAAUUCAGGUAGCUGCGGGACAGCGCUUGAAAAUCGGAAAGACCACCGGAAAUGGCUGCAGAGCCUACCUCGCCAUAUACGGGGGAUUCCUGAACGUUGCCGAGUGGUUUGGAUCGAAGUCCACGUCGCCAAUGGUUGGCGUGGGAGGCUACCAGGGUCGGCAGCUUGCGCCGGGUGAUCUUCUGUCCAUUACUAGUCAGGUUCCAGAAGUCCAGGGUGAGCUUUCGAUACCGGAGGCCCUUAUUCCCAUGUACCCCGAUAGCUGGGAAAUCAUGGCCAUGCCGGGGCCUUACGACGAGGGCUAUCUCGCCCCGGAAAGCAUCGAUAUGCUCUAUGAAACGGACUGGAAAAUAUCUCACAAUGCGGCCCGCGGUGGAAUUCGCCUGAUUGGACCCAAACCCAAAUGGGCCCGUUCUGAUGGAGGCGAAGGUGGUGCUCAUCCGUCCAAUUUGAUUGAAUAUGGCUAUGCGAUAGGGUCUCUUAACUGGACGGGCGACGACCCCGUCAUCUUCCCUCAAGAUGGCCCGGAUUUCGGUGGCUUCAUCACUAGCCAUACGAUUGUGAAAGCCGACCUUUGGAAGCUCGGUCAGGUCAAAGCCGGUGAUACCUUGAAAUAUAGAGCGGUUUCGCUGGCAGAUGCCGUCGCAGCUCGCAAGGAAAGGGAAAAGUUUAUCUCUCAAAUCGAGGAGGGUUGUCGUAAUGGCAACCUAAGCGGCAUCAAGCCAGUGACUGAUCGCCUCCCUCCAGUAUUGACCACCGAGACUCGCGGGUCUGGUCUGGUUCACCAGAUCCAAGAGAAGGGAAGCCAGCCACUGGUAUCAUAUCGACAGGCAGGAGAUGACUAUAUGUUGAUUGACUACGGCCAUGGCUCUUUCGACCUGAACCACCGCUGCAGAGUGACGUCUCUCAAGAAGAUGCUCACCGAAGCCAAGGGAGACAUAACAUUCUCUACCGGACUAAUCUCAAUGGUUGGAUGUGGCAACUCCCUAAUGCUCUACUACGACGGCACCAAAAUCCCCCAAGCCACCCUCCUCACCUACCUCACCAGCCUAGAAACGCAACUCGGCGACCUCCGCCGCGCCAAAAUGCCCAGCCGCCUCUUCAAACUGCCCUUAACCUUCGAAAGCCAGCGCCAAAAAGACGCCCUAACCCGCUACAUAGAAACCCAACGUCCCUACGCCUCCUACCUCCCCGACAACAUGUCCUUCGUCGCAAAGAACAACGCCUUCACGAAGUCCGAGUUCGAAAACAUCUACCUCACCGCGCACCUCAUGGUCGUCUCCGUCGGAUUCUUCACUGCCCUCCCGCUCGCCUUACCCGUCGACCCCCGGCAGCGGAUGAACUGUCCCAAAAUGAACCCGAGUCGGGUAUACACGCCCGCAGGCUCGGUCUCGUGGGGCGGCAGCUGCAUGGCGCUGUAUAAUGUCGAUUCACCCGGCGGGUAUCAAAUGACGGGGAUGACGAUUCCGGGGGUGGACAUCCUGGGCUCGAAGCGCGGGUAUACGGCGAGUAGGCCGUGGCUGUUUGAGGAGUUCGAUCAGAUCACGUUCUAUCGCGUCGAGGAGGAUGAGUAUGAGCGGUUUCUUGCGCGGUUUAAUAGCGGGCGGUAUGAGUAUGAGUGGGAGGAGGUGGUGUUUGAUAUGGCGGAGCAUAAUAAGCUGCUAGACGAGACGAGGGAUGAGGUUACCGCGAUCCGCGCGAGACAGCGCCAGGCGCAGACGGAGAUGGAUCAACUAGAGAACGAGCUAUUGGAGCGGUGGGCGAGGGAGAAAGCGGAGAAGGGUGUGCCGGUGGACGAGGUGGAGAGUUUGCUCAAGGAUCCGGAUGUGAUGGCUGUGGAUGCGCCGUUGAAUGCGAAUGUGUGGAAGGUGGAGGUGAAGCAGGGGGAGAAGCUUGGGGAGAAUCAUCUCGUGGUGGUGCUGGAGGCGAUGAAGCUGGAGAUCGCGGUGAGGGCGGAGCCGGAGGUUGUGGGUGCUUCGGUCGAGAAGGUCCUGGUGCAGCCGGGGGAUUCAAUCGAGGCUGGGAAGCCGUUGGUGUUGGUGAGGAAGGCUUGA